AUGCGCUUCGCCAUCUUCUCCUUCCUGCUCGCUCUUCUCGCUACCUACGCCAUGGCUUCUUCCACUCCUCUCAAGGCCGUCAUCAUCAGCUACCCCAACGAAACCCCCCAGAGCCUCGUCGAUCAAGCCAUGGAGAGCAUCGAGCAAGCUGGCGGCGUCAUCACUCACAAAUACAACAUCAUCAAGGGCUUCGCAUGCCAGGCACCCGCUGCCGUCCUCGAGUCGAUCCACUCACUGAGCACACAGUUCGCUGCCUUGGUGGAGGAGGACGGCGUCAUGCAUACCAACGGCAACUAA